AUGCCUUCAUCCAAGUUUUCUCACAAAUCAAUUCCCGAUCUUACAGGACGAGUAUAUAUUGUCACUGGAGGUAAUGCUGGAAUUGGCAAGGAAACUGUUAUUGGCUUAGCAGCCCGUGGUGCCAAAGUCUAUAUGGGGGCGCGCAGCAAAGACAAGGCGACGGCUGCUAUUCGCGAAAUACAAGAGCAGCUGCCGUCUGCAAAUAUUCAUUUUCUCGACCUCGACCUGUCCAAUUUCCAGAGUGUCAUCGCCGCUGCGAAGAAGAUACGCGAUGAAGAAACUGCACUACAUGGACUCAUUAAUAAUGCCGGUAUUAUGGGUGUGCCUUACUCUUUGACAGUUGAUGGCUACGAGGCUCAAUUCCAGACCAAUUAUUUGUCACAUUGGUUGCUCACGCAUCAUCUGCUCCCUCUUCUUCAAUCUACCGCUCAAUCGAAUCCCGAAGGGGUUGUCCGUUUGGCCAACUUGACGUCGGAUGGACACGCGAUGUUUACUCCGUCGGGUGGAAUCCGGUUCGAAGACACUGGGCUGGAGAAAGAAGCCUCUAUGAUGAGAUACGGCCAGAGCAAACUGGCAAACAUCUUGCAUACAGUGCAGUUGAAUAAUAGAUGCGGCCCUGCCUCUGGGGACUCUCGCAAUGCAGCGAUUUGGUUUGCAGCAGUGCAUCCUGGCCAUAUUGACACUGAUCUGAAUAAACAAGCCACAGGGACAGCACCUAGCGUCGUCUUGCGGACUGCCACUCCCAUCAUGCGCUGUCUCGGGAUCCUCGAUAAGCAAGAGAAGGGCGCCUGGUCCUCACUCUUCGCUAUUGCCAGCAACGACUUCAAGAAGUCAGAUUCGGGGGCUUACGUCGUGCCAUAUGCAAAGAUUGGGACGCCGAGCGAGUAUGCGCGAGACCCCAGCUUGGCUGAGAAGCUGUGGCAGUGGACUGAGUCGGAGCUUCGUGGCAAGGGCUUGCUUGAGGAACUGUGA